AUGAUCUCACGUCACAGUACCUUACGAAACAUAAAAUAACGAAUCGAUGGCUACUGAGCACUCUGAUGAUUUAGACCAACUUCUUGACAGUGCUUUGGAUGAUUUUCAGAGCCUCAAUCUCACUUCUGCUUCUCAAAGAAAUGGGGAUGGAGAGGACAAAAAAGAGAGUAGCUCUUGUACACCUAGUGAGGUGCAAGGACUUGGGAUGUCGUUGCCCGAUUUGAAAACUAAGAAGAAAGGUAAGCAAACGGCUUCUAAGGAGGCAAAGGAUUCACAUGUCUCUGAAGCUCUUGAUAAGCUUAGAGAGCAGACUAGAGAAGCUGUUAAGGGAUUGGAAUCAGUUGCUGGGCCGAGACCCGGUGUGGAGAAUUUUGGAAGCGAUCCAAUGAUGGAGGAUUGGAUGAAGCAGUUUGAAGAGCUUGCUGGUUCUCAGGACAUGGAGUCUGUUGUAGAGACCAUGAUGCAGCAGCUUCUUUCAAAGGAAAUUCUUCAUGAACCCAUGAGAGAAAUUGGAGAAAGAUAUCCAAAGUGGUUGGAGGACAAUAAAGUCAAGUUAAGCAGUGAAGAAUAUGAACGUUACAGACACCAGUAUGAACUUAUAAGAGAUCUAAACAAAGUCUACGAAACUGAGCCGAGCAACUUCAACAAAAUUGUUGAGCUUAUGCAGAAAAUGCAAGAAUGUGGCCAACCACCAAACGAUAUAGUGCAAGAGCUUGCUCCAGGCUUUGAUAUAUCAACUCUUGGACAACUAUCCCCGGAGAUGCUAGAGUCCCAACAGAACUGCUGCAUUAUGUGAAGACACUGGUUCGACUAUCCUGCUGGCCAGCUUGCUCCUAAAUUGUUCUUUUACCAUUGUAACAAUGUGCAUGGAAUAUAAGUUAUCUUUUGCAUGGAAUUUGAUUUUGACUGGUAACAGGCGUGACGUGCAUUAUUUUCUUUCUUUUUGGUCUUCGUAUAUGGCAUACCUUUGCUUACAUGAAAUGCUUGGAAGUUGGAAAUUCUUGAGAUGGUGAAAAUGAAUAGUAACUAUAUUAAUGGAUUACAAUCAUUUCAAGGUA